AUGGAGUUCACUUCUUGUUGCUUGAAUUCAAAACCCUGUACUAGUUUGUUUUUUCCCUCUAAAAGUUGCUUCUUUGGUCCCAUUUACUCCAUGGGUAUUCAAGGCCUACCCAGAAAGCCCAAAUUUCCAGUCACAGCUUUGAGGGUUCGGUCAGAAUUUGAUCCUAAAGUGAAUGGAGUUCUUUCUGCUGAUUCUGACCCUCGUUUUAUCGACCGGGAAAAAGCACUGGAAGCAGUAAUGGCCGAUAUAAACAACUCAUUUGGCAAAGGAAGUGUGACAAGACUUGGCAGUGCAGGCGGCGCCUUGGUUGAAACUUUUCCAAGUGGCUGCUUAACGCUAGACAUUGCUCUGGGUGGUGGGCUCCCAAAAGGAAGAAUUGUGGAGAUUUAUGGACCUGAAAGUAGUGGAAAGACCACUCUUGCACUACACGCAAUUGCAGAAGUUCAGAAGCUAGGAGGAUAUGCGAUGCUUGUGGAUGCUGAGCAUGCUUUUGAUCCAGCUUACUCGAAGGCAUUAGGAGUAGACGUAGAAAAUUUGAUUGUCUGCCAACCUGAUAAUGGAGAGAUGGCUCUAGAAAUUGCUGAUCGCAUGUGUAGGUCUGGUGCUGUGGAACUCAUUUGCAUUGAUUCAGUCUCGGCCCUUACCCCCCGAGCUGAAAUAGAAGGUGAAAUUGGCAUGCAGCAAAUUGGUUUACAAGCAAGGCUUAUGAGUCAAGCUCUGCGUAAAAUGUCGGGCAAUGCUUCAAAAGCUGGAUGCACUCUUGUUUUCCUUAAUCAAAUAAGACACAAGAUUGGUGUAUAUUAUGGAAAUCCUGAAGUCACUAGUGGAGGGAUUGCUCUGAAGUUUUUUGCAUCCGUCCGACUUGAGAUACGGCCGAUUGGGAAGAUAAAGUCUGCCAAGUCAGAUGAAGAUAUCGGUCUCAAGGUUCGUGUAAGGGUUCAAAAGAGUAAGGUAUCAAGGCCUUACAAACAAGCUGAAUUUGAUAUCAUAUUCGGGGAGGGUGUAAGCAAGUUGGGUUGUGUCCUGGAUUGUGCUGAUGUUAUGGAUGUUGUGCUGAAGAAGGGUUCUUGGUACAGCUAUGGAGAUCAUAGGUUGGGGCAAGGAAGGGACAAAGCGUUGCAGUAUUUGAGAGAGAACCCCCUGCUAAGUGAGGAGAUUGAGAAGAUGGUUAGGUCUACGAUGCUAGAGGGCAAUGGGCAAGUGGGUUCAUAUAACAUCAAAGCUAUACAUAAUCAGCACGAAGAUGAAGGUUUUCUUCAAGAGCUAUAA